AGACGCGCCCUGGGCUCUUGAGCGCGGUGCCUGUGUUUCUGGCUCGUUGGAUGCAGCAUCUGUCAUCAGAAGCACUGAGCACCGAGCUGUCCCCAAAGUUGGGCACCGCAGGGCUCGACCUUUCCACGGAGAGGUAAUUCCUGAAGAUGGCAGAAGCUCACCAAGCUGUAGCCUUUCAGUUCACGGUCACUCCGGAUGGGAUCGACCUGCGGCUGAGCCAUGAAGCUCUUAGGCAAAUCUAUCUCUCUGGACUUCAUUCCUGGAAGAAGAAGUUCAUCCGAUUCAAGAAUGGCAUCAUCACUGGCGUGUACCCGGCGAGCCCCUCCAGUUGGCUUAUCGUGGUGGUGGGCGUGAUGACAACAAUGUACGCCAAGAUCGACCCCUCGUUAGGAAUAAUUGCAAAAAUCAAUCGGACCCUGGAAACAACUGACUGCAUGUCCAGCCAGACGAAGAACGUGGUCAGCGGCGUGCUGUUUGGCACCGGGCUGUGGGUGGCCCUCAUCGUCACCAUGCGCUACUCCCUGAAGGUGCUGCUGUCCUACCACGGGUGGAUGUUCGCUGAGCACGGCAAGAUGAGUCGCGCCACCAAGAUCUGGAUGGGUAUGGUCAAGAUCUUUUCAGGCCGAAAACCCAUGUUGUACAGCUUCCAGACAUCGCUGCCUCGCCUGCCGGUCCCGGCUGUCAAAGACACUGUGAACAGGUAUCUAGAGUCGGUGAGGCCUCUUAUGAAGGAAGAAGACUUCAAACGGAUGACGGCACUUGCUCAAGACUUUGCUGUCAGUCUUGGACCAAGACUACAGUGGUAUUUGAAGUUAAAAUCCUGGUGGGCUACAAAUUACGUGAGCGACUGGUGGGAGGAGUACAUCUACCUCCGAGGACGAGGGCCGCUCAUGGUGAACAGCAACUACUAUGCCAUGGAUCUGCUGUAUGUCCUUCCAACUCACAUUCAGGCAGCAAGAGCCGGCAACGCCGUCCACGCCAUCCUGCUUUACAGGCGCAAACUGGACCGGGAGGAAAUCAAACCAAUUCGUCUUUUGGGAUCCACGAUUCCACUCUGCUCCGCUCAGUGGGAGCGAAUGUUUAACACUUCCCGGAUCCCAGGAGAGGAGACAGACACCAUCCAGCACAUGAGAGACAGCAAGCACAUCGUCGUGUACCAUCGAGGGCGCUACUUCAAGGUCUGGCUCUACCACGACGGGCGGCUGCUGAAGCCCCGGGAGAUGGAGCAGCAGAUGCAGAGGAUCCUGGACAAUACCUCGGAGCCUCAGCCUGGGGAGGCCAGGCUGGCAGCCCUCACCGCAGGAGACAGAGUUCCCUGGGCCAGGUGUCGCCAGGCCUAUUUUGGACGGGGGAAAAAUAAACAGUCUCUUGAUGCCGUGGAGAAGGCAGCGUUCUUCGUGACGUUAGAUGAAACUGAACAAGGAUACAGAACGGAAGACCCAGAUACAUCGAUGGACAGCUACGCCAAGUCUCUACUACAUGGCCAAUGUUAUGACAGGUGGUUUGACAAGUCGUUCACGUUUGUUGUCUUCAAAAACGGGAAGAUAGGCAUCAACGCGGAGCACUCCUGGGCAGACGCGCCGAUCAUGGCCCACCUUUGGGAGUACGUCAUGUCCACUGACAGCCUCCAAUUGGGCUAUGCAGAGGAUGGGCACUGCAAAGGCGACACCAAUCCGAACAUUCCGUACCCCACCAGGCUGCAGUGGGACAUCCCCGGGGAAUGUCAAGAGGUUAUAGAGACCUCCCUGAACACCGCAAAUCUUCUGGCAAACGACGUGGAUUUCCAUUCCUUCCCAUUCGUUGCCUUUGGUAAAGGAAUCAUCAAGAAAUGUCGCACGAGCCCAGACGCCUUUGUGCAACUGGCCCUCCAGCUGGCGCACUACAAGGAUAUGGGCAAGUUUUGCCUCACAUACGAGGCCUCCAUGACCCGGCUCUUCCGAGAGGGGAGAACGGAGACGGUGCGCUCCUGCACCGCUGAGUCGUGCGACUUCGUGCAGGCCAUGGUGGACCCGGCCCAGACGGUGGAACAGAGGCUGAAAUUGUUCAAGGUGGCGUCUGAGAAGCAUCAGCAUAUGUAUCGCCUCGCCAUGACCGGCUCCGGGAUCGAUCGUCACCUCUUUUGCCUUUACGUGGUGUCUAAAUAUCUCGCUGUGGAGUCCCCUUUCCUUAAGGAAGUUGCUGACGAUGGCUAUGGUGUGUCGUACAUCCUUGUGGGAGAGAACCUCAUCAAUUUCCACAUUUCUUCCAAGUUCUCUUGCCCUGAGACGGAUUCUCAUCGCUUUGGAAAGCACCUGAAAGAAGCAAUGUUUGACAUCAUCACUUUGUUUGGUCUCAGUUCUAAUUCCAAAAAGUAAUUCCACUGGAGCUGCUGGGAAGGAAAACGAGCUCUUCUGAUGCAAACCAAAUGAAAAAUAGGCAUUAAUCCUGAUCUUAGUUCAGGAUGAAAAAUUGCUCUGAAAAAAACUCAGAAGUUUUCCUUCCAGAAAA